ACUCCGUAAAGUGGAGUGGAGAUCUCCGUAAGAUCCAGCACCCCAACAUCGUGCGCAUCUUCGAGGUCACGGAGAGCUGCAACAGGAAGGUCUGCAUCGUGAUGGAGGUAGCAGCCACUGACCUGCGGCAACUGGGGAAGCUGCUCUGUGUCCCCAAGGCCUGGGACAUCUUUGCACAGGUCGUAGGGGCUGUGCACUACCUGCAUGACCGCAGCUUCGUGCACCAGGACCUCAAGUGUGAGAACAUGCUGCUCACUGCCGACGGCUGCCAGGCCAAACUCGGUGAUUUUGGCUUUAGCAAGGAGGUCAACGGCUACCCUGAGCUAAGCACCACAUGCUGCAGGACAGCAGACAAGUCCUCUGAGGUGCUGAUGGGCAUCCCCUAAGACACCAAGAAGUUCGAUAUGUGGAGCCUUGGGGUGAUACUCUAUGGGAUGGCAACCAGCUGCAUGCCCUUUGAUGGCACCUGCAUCCUUCGCAUGGUCCAGCAACAGAAGAAAGGGGUGCAGUACCCAGAGGGGCUGCCCCCACUGCCGGAGCCCUGCCAAGCCCUCAUCGCCCAACUCCUCCAGUUCAACCCGGCCUCCUGGCCCAGCGUGGAGCAGGUGGCCAGGAACAGCUGGCUGAAGGGGGAUAUCUGA